UAUCAAUACAGUUUUGCAAUGUAUCGAAACGUUUCAUGACGCCUCAUCUACCCAUCACUACAAAGAAUCAACCAAGAGAACACUAAUACAAGGCGAGUCGGAGUGGCCUCUAGCGACAUGGAAGCUGACUCGCAACAGAGAGAGUGUCGAACCUUACUGCCACACAGUGAUUCGACGCCCCCCUCACCUCAUGCCUUUGACCACAUCAUGAGUCGGUGGCGUCGUUCAGUAGAUGGGCUGACAGCUUUGCGUCGGAACCAGUGGGAUUGUGAGCGGGCCCAGGAGGCUCUCAGUCACGUCAUGUCCUGUUUCCACCAGCUGGCAGCUUUACUCGGCAGCUCAGCGGAUGGCGCUUUCCUCCGGAACGAGUUGGAGGGAAUAAGGGCACUUGCAUACAGGAUCUGCAGUGGUCUAUCCUGCCGUCUCCUGUGUCUCCUGUCAGACUCUGAACCUCCCACCACAGGUGCGGACGAUCAACAACUGUCAGAGCGUCUCUGGGUUCUGUUCCUGUCAGCUGCGGAGAACCUGCUAUCUGACUUGUGGAAGGCCAGCGAUCUGAUUGGGCGGUUCCCUCUGACUCAGCCCAAAGACAGACAUGCGCUGGUGAGCACAGGUUGUAUUGAUGGUCCCGUGGGCAUGGCUGCUCGGGUUGUUCUGGUCCAGGUGCCAUGGGUCACUUUGGAGGAGGCACCAAGCCCUGAUCUGACCAGUCACAUCACAGACUUGCAGACGAUGCUAAAUGAGAUGCAACUGAAGGUUCCAGUGGCAUUCUGGUCGGUGGAAGCGACCCAGCCUGCGUGGGCUGAAGCUCAUGAGGACUUGGACCAGCCUGAGGAAAGUCUAGAGGAGCUGAUGGAGGUUGAGGUCGUUUCUGAGAACAAGACCAUGUCUGCUUGCUGCAGACUGCAUUGUGUCAGAUCAGGGAUUAAGGAGGGCCCGAGGAAGAUACAGAAGGCGUUAAGGAGGAACAUUUGAGGGAAAGGUCAGUUACAAGAAGAGGAUGGAGGAGCAGCUGCAGAAAAAAUCAGUGAGGUGUGGAGAAUCUUGAAAACCAUUUCUGGAUACAAGGCAGACCACCCACAGGCUGAGGGGAACCUGAGUUGGUUGGGUGAAGAGUGUAAACCAAUAUUUUAACAGGUUCGACUGUUUAAAACACCCACUCACAUUCUCCCCCCUCAGCAGCUGCAUUCCAACCUUUCAUUCAUGGUCUAACUUUGCCAUCAGCCUCUCUUACAUCCACCUAGAGCCUCUGCUCUGGCCCCCACAACCCCUCAUACCACUGGUCUAACCUUUAUACCAUCAAAAAAGCAGCAGAACCAGAAGGCAUCAGCUCCUAAAGUCCUGCACAGAUGCACUGUGUGGAGUUAUGGAGCAUGUCUGGGCCCUUUUUCUUUUCCUCUUCUUCACCCGAGUAUUGGCCUGAUCAGAUGAUGCAGAGUACAGAGGAUUUACGUAGAAACUUUGUGGACUGGUCAAAACCACCUUCUGAUCAACACAGGGAAAAACCAAGGGGAUGGCAUAUCACAGAUGCACAUCCAGGAAAUAGACAUUGACAGAGUGGACUCUUAUAAUAUAUAUCUGGGUGUGUAUCUGAACAAUAAACUGGACUGGACUCAUAACACACAUGCACUGUACAGGAAGGGUCAGAGCAGAUUCUACCUGCUGAGUCUUUUGGAGUGAGGGGGGCACUCUUGAAGACCUUCUAUGACUCUGUGGUGGCAUCAGCCAUCUUGUACGGUGUGGUCUACUGGAGAAGCAGCAUUACAGUGAGGGACAGGAAGAGACUGGACAGGGUCAUCAAGAAAUCCAGCUCUGUCCUGAGCUGCAUUCUGGACACGUGCAGGUGGUGGGUGAGAGAAGGGACCUGGCUAAACUGACAUCCAUCAUGGACCAGGACUCUCACCCACUGGAGGACUCACUGUCUGCUCUGGAGAGCAGCUUCAGUAACAAGCUGAUCCACCCUCACUGUGUGAGAUCGCCGAGCUUUCCUACCUGCUGCUAUAAGACUGUACAGUCAGCACUGUUACAUUUUAAACCUGUAUAGUAUAAUCCUAUAUAUCUGAAUCAUAUUUAUAAUGUGCAAUCUCACCAUCCAUCUUAUUAUCUGCAUCUGUUUCCCUAUACAUGUAUUUAUUCAUACUGGGCCGUUGUCAGAUCCAUUUUUCCCGCUGUGGGACUAAUGAAGGCAUUCUUGGUAAACAGUGAGUAAUUGGUUCUGUUCAGUCCAAGUAAACAAGAAUGCAAAAAUAAUUCCCAAUUUACUCUAGUAAUAAAUUGUACCUUACAAAUAAAGCCAGUUAACAGUGG